AAAUCGCGUCGCAUUUGCCUCCUGGGCACGGCGGAUAUUAGCUGCCAACGCGAUAGUAACGACAAUCGACGGACAGGAGUGAAGGAACUUUCGAGACGAGACGGGGCCCCAUUAUGCAGUCCAGCUUUGUCUCGGGUGGCGGAGGCUAUUAUGGCGGCAACGGAGGCGGUCCGAAUGGCCUACAGCAAGAAUUUGGCAACGGACAAGGAAAUGGGCAAGGGAAUGGGCACAACGGACAGGCUGGCCAGGGCAAUGGGUCGCCAGUCCAGCCUGAGUAUUCUCUCGCCGGCGUUCUUCACUACCUCCAGAGCGAGUGGCGCAGGUAUGAGAGGGACAGGAAUGAGUGGGAGAUCGAGCGAGCGGAAAUGAGGGCUCGUAUUGCGCUUCUCGAGGGCGAGCGAAGAGGCGUGGACAAUCUCAAGACAGACUUGAUGCGUAGAGUCAAGAUGCUCGAGUACGCCCUACGACAAGAAAGAUCCAAGUAUCUGGCAUCAAGUAGCACGAUGCAUGCAGGGGCAUCAAGCCAGGCGGGAGGAGUCCAUGCCAGCAAGAUUGCAUCACUUCAAGGUGUCGAGAAAGCGACUUCGAGCAGCGGGAGGAGCUCGCCGUCGAACCGCGGUGAUUCCGAAGCCAGUGCGGGCCAAGAGCCCGCCCAUCAGCGAUCGUUCACCUCGGGCACUAUGAAUUUCUCAACGUUGGGGGGCGUCAAUGGCAAUACUUUCGGCAGCAACAGUACUCUCUCCAUAGGAGCAGGGGCACCCACCCCGGGCUUGUCGCGACAAGCUUCAAGCGCAAAAGAUCCCAAGGCCAGAGCACGGAGUCGUGACUACCUCAAGCAAUGCCUGCAAGAGAUCUCGUACUUGACAAGCACCAGCGUCUUGAACCCUCUGCCGGAGAGAGCCUUUGGAGCUUCCGGGCCCCAGAGACCACGGAAGACGCUCUCGGACAAUGUUCCCUUCUCCUUUCAGGUCGGCGCAGACGGCAACAGCAGACGUCAAAAGAGUCAAGACUCAAAGUCCACUCGGGGCGGCCUGAGCGCCAGCAGACCCACGCACCUGGCCAAUGAGACGCUCGUUGAAGAAACGAGUGAGGAAGAGGCGGAGCCCCUCGACGGAUCAAAGUCGGAUCCCCAGUCAGGCGAUGACCCUCUCGGCGCUUCUUCAGCCGCUGCGAUCGCAACAAACGUAAUGCCACGCGCAGCGGAUGUGAGCGGGCAAGCGGAAGGCGAGCUAUAUUCAGAGGGUGAAUCGUCGGCCUCCUCUUCUAGCGACGAGUCGUCUGCAUCGACGACAAGUGGACAGACCUCACUAGAGGGAGGUAAUGACGUACCGGCGGAGCACCUUGACGGAGACGACGAACAAGACCGGCUCACCGCGGUCUUUCGCCCAGGCGAAGAGGGCCGACCAGACGCAGAAGAGUGGGCAAGACUGAAGGAGGCAGGCUUGCGAGAGAGGGAAAAACGAGAGCGAGAAAAGAAAGACGCCCACGGACAGCUCGCAGCUACAUCGGAAAAUGUCAAUGCCCUAAUUGAGGCAAGCGCGGGGCGUGAGGUCAGGAAACCCAAGUCCGACGAAGACGAGCUGGCCAGCUUGACCAUGACUUCGGUCGAACAGGACGAUGAGAGCGUCAAGCUCGCUAGCGAAAGCGCUAAUGAAGGCCAGAUGUGGAAAUCGAAGCGCGUUCUACGUAGCCAUCUCGACGCCGUGCGAGCUGUCGCCUUUGACACGGCCGGUCUGUGCCUCUACUCCGCCUCCGAUGACAACACUAUCAAAUUCUGGAGGCUUGAUCCCUCAACAUUUUCGCAACCUCAGCCAAAAACGACGGACAAUGAGCCGAUCAUGACGCUGCGAGGUCAUUCGGCCGCGGUGACGUGCCUAGCUGUUUCGCCAAGUCGACGGAGGCUAUACAGCGGUAGUGUGGACUCCAGCGUCAUUGUCUGGAAACUUCCUGAACAAAACACGGAGGCGUAUCCUCCCGUAGACAGGGACAUGGAGAUGGCCACGCUGGUCGGUCACACCCAAGCGGUCUGGGACAUGACCCUGCUACCUCUGCGAUCCGAUGAUGAGGCUCUCUUGGCCACUGCAAGCGCCGAUGGCACUGUCAAGAUCUGGGGUGCACCGUCCGAGGGGGGUGCCGAAGCCCCGAUGCAGCUUCUCCUCUCUCUCGAUUACUUCGGGACGGAUCCGAGUGCCGAUAGAGAAAGGGAGCGGGAGUCUCUCCUGGAAAAGUAUGACGGUCGACUUCCAGUCCCAACUUCGGUGGCGCCGUGCCACUCGAACCUGCGCCUCUGCGCCGUGAGCUUCACAAACGCAAUAGUCAAGCUCUUCGAUGUCGACACGGGCAAAGAGGUCAUGGAGAUCAAGUCCAACGAGACCUACGACGGCACUGUGGGCACUCAGAUUAACAAGCUGAUCACGCAUCCUACAUUGCCGCUCCUCAUUACGGCCCACGAGGACCAUCACAUCCGCAUGUUCGAUCUCGACACAGGAGCGUGCACGCUCUCGAUGGUGGCGCACCUCGACAGCGUCACGUGCUUAGACAUCGACCCUUCAGGCCUGACACUCGUCUCGGGCGGCCAUGAUUGCUCAGUCCGAUUCUGGGACAUCGUCAACUCGACGGCACCGGAGAAGAAGAGCGGUGGCAGACGCGGAGGCGGAGAGGAGGAAGAUAGCCAAGACAAGGCCGCCAUUUGCGUUCAGGAAAUCACGGCGCAUCGGCGUAAAGCCCAUGAGGGCGUGUUGGCCGUCAAAUACCACCCAACGGCGCCGUUCUUUGCAAGCUCCGGUGCCGACGGCGUCGUGAGGAUUUACGGAUAGAAAUUUCUUUUUCUCUUUUCUCAUUUUUGGAGAGCAUCCCUUUAUCAUCGUUCAGUUCUCCUUCUCCCUGCUUCUCGAGCCUUUUCAAACAAGUCAUUCC